AUGCACGACAUUGAUUUGUCGAGACUUCCGAUCGAGAAGGAAUACUCGGAGAACAUCAACAGAAGCAUGCAAGUUCCAUCGUCGAUAACUUUAGCGAGUAGCGGGGGGAGCAGUAGCGAUUCCGAAAGUCGGCGAAGAAGCGGCGCUAGAACAAACUCGACUCUGGAACUGAUGAAGGCGCCGAAAGUCAUUUCCCCUUUUGGAGCAGAAGAAGAGGCGGAAAUUGAGCCGAGGAGCUUUUCGCCCGCUCGGGAAAGCUACAGGCACAAAAGAACGGCACACACAGGGAGAAGCGAUCCUUGGGCUCAUCUGCCGGCCACAUACGAAUUCGACAAUUUGGAAAUGAAGGCGCCGGCGAGAAGGAUCAGAGCAGACUCCCGCGACGACGAAGGGACACCUCAGCGACCGACGAUCCGGGGCAUUUACUCGUCGAAUUUUGAAGCGAUGACGAUGGCGAGCGAGGAGCUCUCGGAUCUGAACGAACAGCUGCUCAAGGACCUCGACAAAACGGCGGAAAAUGAAAAGCUGAGGAAGCAGAUCUUCAAGAUUAACAGAAAACUCCUGACGCACGAGAAGCAAAUGGCGGCGAUGCAGCAGAAACUGACGCUCUUCGCAGCAAUCUUCGGCAGCGUCUGUCUCGGUGCGCUCAUGUAUCAACUUCGGCGUCCCUGA